AUGUCUCGUGGCACGCGGCAGAGGUUGUGUAGGCGCCAGGCCGAGGAGCGCGAAGUUGACCGUGCGCUCUGGGGCCUUAACUCGCUUUACACUCAUCAGCCGCAGCCCCGCGACCGCGCCUCCCCGGGCAAGGGGCCCGAGCGGGGCGCCGAGUGCGGAUCAUAUCAUCUUUUUUCUGCCGGCCAGGCCGGCGUGCUGGAUCGUGUCCGACGCGCCGUGCGCGACCUUGGCCCUCCACCUGUGGGGGCCUCCCCCGCUGAAGCUCUCAGGAAGCUUCGCGUGGCGAGCUGGUACGACGUGGACAGUACUACGCUCGGUCGCUACUCUCUCGCCGACGUCUCGCUGCCUUCAGGCGACGUCAGGCCUGUGCCUGUGUCUGAACUUUGGGGCGAAGGCGGGUGCCAAAUGGUAGAGGACUUCUGCCGCUUGAAUGUCGUUCCGCCGGAACAGUCGCGAGCCCGUCUCCGCUCGUCAGGUGUGGUCACUCCCUACUCCGAUCCCAAGCUUAGACACCCUCGAGCCUUUGAGGAAUUCAUGUCGGCGUUGGCCGCGCGCGGAAUGCUUGAUUUCUCGCUCGAGGAUGGUGAGCGAGGUGCACGGAGAUUGGGGGUCGAGCUGUGGCUGCACACGAGAAGGUUUCUUUCCGCCAUCGAGCUGGGAGCCGACGAGGAUAUCUUCGUUGGUGGUGCGGAUUUGAGUGAUGCGUUUUACCACAUGGGGCCCCCCAAACCCCUUAGGAAGUAUUUUACUUUUCGGCCCGUGCGGGCCGCGUCUGUAGGGUGCACGGAGAUUGGGGGUCGAGCUGUGGCUGCACACGAGAAGGUUUACCCUAGGCUCGCUGUCAUUCCCAUGGGAUGGUCUUGGGCUUUAUGGAUGUGCCAGAAGAUACACGAGAGGAUUGUGGAGGCAGCUGGCUCGGACCCCAAGUUUAGGAUCACCGACAAGACGUGCCCCCCAGACCUCAGCCAGCCGUGCCACACGCAGUAUGUGGACAACUACAUUGCAAUCUCGACCAACCGGGACAACGUGAGAAAGUCGGUGUCGUCUGCCAUCACCGCUCUGGAAAGGUCCGCCGAGGAGGCCGCCCCUUGGAUGUGCGGCCCCGACGACACCCAGGAACCUGCUCGUUGUGAUCUUGAUGCUGGGGCCCCCGGGGACAUUUACGGGUUUGGGCGUCUACCCGGAGCCGAUGAUUUUCCUGAAGUUCCCAGGGGAAUGAUUGAGCAGGAUUGGAGGGUGGUGGGCCGUUUCGAGUGGCGGAAGAAGGGCGAGAGCAUCCCGGUCCUGGAGGCCCGCGCUACCCUGUACGGCUACAGGCAUCUUCUGCGUAGUCGUCGGAAUCAUGGUAAACGUCUCGUUGUUUUGGGAGAUUCGAUGAGUGUGGCGGGAGCUGUGUCUAAGAGCCGCAGUGGGAGCCGUGCGAUGCUGUACGUGACGCAGAGCAUCGCCGCCCUCUCCCUGGCGACAGGCUCCUCUCUCCACUACCGCUGGCUCCCCUCGGAGUGGAACGCAGCCGACGGUCCCUCAAGGGGACGUUGGCGACCCGCAGCGCCCUCGGCGCUCGCCCCGCGCGAUGCUCGCGCGAGCGGCCCCAGUGCCCGCCAGCGCGGGGGCGCUGGUGCAGGUGCUGCCGACGGGACUGCUGGCUCGCGGACCCCAGGCGGAUGUGGCCGCUCCGCUGGCGCUGGGCGGGCCGCCGCGCACGGCGUCGGCGCCGACCUCGAGCCGGUCUACGUCGUCAGCAUGUCUCCGAGUGCCGGCAGUGCGGCAGCAGCGUCUCGUGCGGCGGCGGCCGGCCGCCUCAGCAGCCCCCCCGGGCUCGGUCGGGCCCAUGCGCCGCAAGGUGAGCCAGCGAGCCGCGCGGGCUGCGGCUCGGCGGUCCACAGCAGUGCGGCUGCCGGGUAUGACGGUGCUGGAGGCGGCGCCCAUCAAGCCGAGGACGCGGGACCGCUGCCAGGAGAUCUUCGCCGACUUCCUGGCGUGGGCGAACGGCCGUCGGCUGACGACCGAGGACCUUGUGGACCAGGCGAUCGCGGAGUGGCUGGACGACCUCUACCUGGGCGGCGAGGACCUGAGUGCAGGGUCCUGGGCGUAUGCGGCGGUGACUUUCUUCACCGGCCUGAACAAGGCGUCGGGCGCGCUGAUGCCUCGGUCGCGCCGCGCCCUCCAGGGCUUUCGCAAGCUCGCACCGCCGCGAUCUCGAUUGCCGAUGCCCUACAUGGUAGUGGCGAUGGUGGUGAUGGAGCUCCUGGGCCGACGGCGCUACCAGAGUGCGCUCGCCGUCCUUCUCAUCUUCGGGCUGUACCUGAGGCCCGGAGAGGCGUUCCACAUCAGGGCGGUGGACCUCGCCCCGCCCGUGGCGAGGGUCAGCGGAGCGUCCCACUGGUGCGCGACGACUCUCCAUGCUGCCGAGACCGAGAGGGAGUCCAAGACCGGCGAGUUCGACGAGAGCCUGUUUCUGGAUCUCGGCCGGCAGUCCUUCAUCGGGCCCGCGCUCGACCUGAUGCUGACGCGCCAGCUGGGCGCGGACUGGCGGCGCGCAGAGCAGAGGCACGUCGGCUCCGGUCUGCACCUGGCGGCGCCGCUGUUCACCGUGACGCUCGACGAGGUGACGAGGGACUUCAAGGGGGCCGUCGAAACGCUGGGGGUGGACACCGCGCCGGGCGCCGCCCACAUGUACAUGCUGCGGCACGGCGGCGCCUCGCACGACUACGCCUCGGGCUGCCGCCGCUUGGAGGACGUGCGCCGUCGCGGGCGCUGGCGUUCGUGGUCCUCGGUCCGGCGCUACGAGAAGGGGAGCAGGUUGGGUCAAGUCGUUCACAAGCUCGGGCCGGUGCUCCAGGCCCACGGCAAACUCUGCGUCGAGCUGCUGAGCGAGGUGGUGUCUGGCCGGCGUUGUCCUGCACCAUUCGCCUCCGGCAGCGUGUCUUCGUCGAAGUCUUCUCGGGCAGCGGCCACCUCUCGGAAGCGAUCUCGAGGGUAGGUGUCACCGCCCUGCUGUGGGACAUAAGCCUCGGCGAGUCGUACGACUUUAGGUGCAAGCGUAAUUGUUUCCUUCUCCUCGGGUGGGCGAGGGCCGGGCUGGUGGCCGGCGCCCAUGCGGCCACGCCUUGCUCGUCCUUCAGCCGGGCCCGAGACAUCCCCCCAGGUCCCCCCAGGCUCCGAAGCGAUUCGGAACCUAUGGGCCUUGGGGGGCUGUCCCAGGCCGAUCAGGAGAAGGUGGCGAUUGGGAACAUGCUGAUGCUGUUUUCCGCUUCCCUUAUCCGUGAAUGCAGGCAAGUUCAGGCACCGUGCUCACUGGAGAACCCCGCCAGAAGCCGCCUUUGGAUUUGCCCUGCUAUGCGACGUCUCGCCCGUGCUCAGGGCAUCGCUGUUGUCGCCACCGAUUUUUGUCCAUGGGGGGUGCCCUGGAAGAAGAGUACCACCUUCUUGUGCUACGAUCUUGACCUGGCCGAGCUUGAGGCGGCCAGAUGUGUUGGGAGUAAGAGAGGCAUUUGCAAGCGUACCGGUCUUCCCCAUCAGCAGCUCCAAGGCAAAGAUCAGACCGGCAAUUUCUACACCAAGCUUGCUGAACCCUACCCUAAGAAGUUGCGUAAAGCUAUCGCGGACGCUUAUUACAAUACUUGGGCCAAAUGUCUCGGGGAGUCCUUUGGGCGCUUUAUGCAGUAA